AAGGACCCAAAUAAUUUGUUGGGCUCUAAUAAGUUUUCUUUCUACUUCUCUUAGAAAAUCUCUCGGGCAGAAAGAAAAACAGCAAGCGCCGAUUCCUCAGUAUAACAUUGGAAGAAGCUCAGCAUGGAGGCCAACAGGGGUCAGAAUGGAAUUCAACUCUUGCUUGCUGCGGAGCAAGAAGCUCAGCAUAUUGUCAAUACUGCCAGAAAUGCAAAAAUGGCUAGAUUGAGACAAGCCAAAGAAGAGGCUGACAAGGAAAUUGCUGAAUUUCGUGCUCACAUGGAAGCUGAAUUUCAGAGGAAGCUUACUGAGAGCAGCGGGGACUCUGGUGCUAAUGUGAAGCGAUUGGAGCAUGAAACUGAGGCAAAGAUCGGUCACCUGAAGACAGAAUCCUCAAGGAUCUCCCAUGAUGUUGUACAGAUGCUUUUGAAGCAUGUGACAACAGUGAAAAACUAGGAUCCUCCUUGGUCUGCGAGGCUAGAUGUGUUCAAAUACUGUAUUUUGCGUGUACUUUUUAAACUUAAGGGUUGGAAUUCCAGCUUGUUGAGAAUGCUUGUAUUCUGCUGUCUAAUAUGUUUAUGACUGAUUGAUUAUGUUCCUUUGCAAUAAUUUUUUUGAGUAAAUCGCCAAAGAAAUAAAUUAUCCCUGUUCUUAUCA